AUGUGUGGAAUCGUUUUUAGAAUAGGCCAAACCGAUCAAAGCUUUGAUGAAGAAGAGUGGACCGAACUUGUCAAGCUCAAUGCGCAGCGAGGCCCAGAUUCACAACAAGACCUUCAUCUCUCCAUCGGAUCAGUUUCAUUGAGCGUCUUUAGCUCUGUUCUGCAUCUCCGGGGAGAUCAUAUUGCGGUUCAGCCUCAUCAUUCUAGUGGAAACGUUCUUUGCUGGAAUGGAGAAAUCUUCGAAGGAUUGGAUCUUAUCUCUACAGACAAUGAUGGAGUCAAGAUUUUUGAACGCCUGAGCAGCUCUAACGAGUCUAUAUCCGGCAUUUUCGGACAAGUUGAGGGCCCGUACGCCUUUGUCUACUUGGAGGGCAGCAGUCGAACAGUCUACUUUGGCCGUGAUCCUUUGGGUCGUCGGUCACUUGUAGUGCACAGGCCCACUCCUGCUAAGCCGUAUCUCACUCUCGCCUCCAUGUCUAAUGGUAGCCACGACUUUGAAGAGCUACCCGCGGACACCCUGUUUUCAGUCUCUUUGGAUGAUCAUUGCUUGAACAUUCAGAAUGUUUCUAGAGAGAGUGCAUAUCUACAAUUGAUUGCUCCAAAGCCUUUACAUCGAGAUCUCCCCGCGGCAGAUUACCCAAUACCUGUCGACCCUUUACCACCAAUAUGGGGAGAAACUGUAGAAGAGUUUAUCAAGCAUCUAGACGCGUCUAUUGUGCUUCGUACUCAAGACAUUCCACGCCUAAACAGCCUCAAAAAUUCAGAUGCUCGUGUCGCCGUGCUCUUCUCGGGUGGCAUAGACUGCUCCGUCAUCGCAUUUCUUGCGCACAGACAUCUACCACUCUCCGAACCGAUUGAUCUCCUCAACGUUGCUUUCGAAAAUCCGCAUCGUGCUGAAGGACACACGCAGCCCUCACAGAAGAAACCUCAUAAGCAGUCAACGCGACCUCACCUCUCGGAGGAGCAGAAGUAUUCUGUGCCAGACAGGAUUACGGGUCUCGAACAAGUCGAAGAAUUCCGUCGUCUUGCCCCGGAGAGAACAUGGAACUUUGUGACCAUCAACAUUCCUUAUGAGGAAACUCUUCGUCACAGGCCAAUCAUCGAGCGACUAAUGGCGCCUUCCCGAACAGUAAUGGACAUGUCCCUGGCACUAGCAUUGUACUUCGCUUCUCGAGGAAUAGGCUGCAUCGAGAGCAGAGACACGGAGGCGCCGAACUCUCCUACCGGUUCCGUGAGAUCGUACACUUCACCGGCACGGGUCAUUCUCAGUGGACUCGGUGCAGAUGAACUACUCGGGGGAUACAUACGCCAUCGAAAUGCGUAUAAACAUGGAGGGUGGCAGGCAUUACUCGAUGAGUUACAACGAGACGUCGAUCGGAUUCAUAUACGAAACCUUGGAAGGGACGAUAGGGUCAUCUCUUCACACGGAAAGGAAGCAAGAUACCCCUUCUUGUCAAUGAAUCUUUUAGCAUAUCUCUCGUCCAUUCCCAUCCACCUCAAAGUCGACCCCCGAGUGAUCCCUCCAAGUCAGACGCCUCAGGACGAAGCCAAUGAGCAACUUGCGGUAAAGGGCUUGCCAGGAGACAAGCUACUACUUCGAUUGGCCGCGAGGCGGUUAGGUCUACAUGGUGCUGCUUCAAGAGCGAAAAGAGCAAUGCAAUUUGGCAGUAGAAGUGCUCGACUAGAGGGUGGAGAUGUCACAAAACGGUCGAAUGGCGCUACAUUACUAUCCUAG